AGAUUACCUUGUGAGGCAAGCAACGCUAGGACUCGAGGAAGGCGAGUCAGCCGAGGGAACAGAAAAAAGUGGCAACAGGAAAAAGAAUUUCUUGAAAAAGCUGAGUGGCAAGGACCGAGAUCGUGAGUCAAGGAUGGCAUUAGCAACUGUACUGAGUAAUCUCCCAACGAAAGAAUUAGAGGACUUCGAUUUUGUUGCAUUUAAAGAUUCUCAUUGGAGCGAUCUCAUUAAUGUUACCAUUCCUGAGGGCGCUGUUCCGCUAUCGCCAACAACCUCUGAUGCAGAAAUAAAAAGACGGGACCACGUCUGGGAAGUCUUUACCAGUGAAUGCAGCUAUCUUGUUGACCACCUUCUUGUCUUAAGAGAUGUAUUUCAAGAAACAUUAAAAGCAGUUCAGUGUGAGAAUCACUUAAUGUACGUCGAGCCAGCCAAGUUAUUUGCAAACCUUGAUGUUCUAUGUCAGGUGAGCGAAUCUUUCUGUAGUGAUUUGUUUAUGAUUUUAAGGAAGAGGAUAACAAAAACAGAGUUUGGUCAGCCAGAUUGGGUCGUUUCGGCAUUUUCAAUGUUUGAUAGUCAUGUGUGUCCGCCGUACCAGCGGUAUUGUAUGAACUACUCAAAUGCCCUCCAUUACCUAGAAUCUUUAAAGAAGCGCGAAGAUUUCCAAGAAGUAAUCAGGUGGUGUGAGCAAAAUCCACGGUGUAAACGUCUACAGUUGUCGGACUUUCUGGUGGCGCCAAUUCAAAGAAUUACCAAGUAUCCAAUAUUAUUAAACGAUAUACUGAAAAGAACACCGAGUCCGGCUGAUCAAGGAGCUAUUACUGGCACUAUUGUUAUUGUCAAAUCUGCUCUAGGAGAAUUAGAAGGAAAGGUACGUUGGCUGACAAAUUUUGAACGAAUGAGGGAACUGCAACAUAUGAUCACGUGGUCGAUAGAUGACCAGGACACAAAGGCAUUGUUCCCCGAGUUCCUGAAGAACAGUUUGUUGGAGAAGACACGGAAAUCUCUCAGCAGUUUAUUCGUUGGCACAAAGAGGGCACUUAUCUACGAAGGUCCAUUAAUUCUUUCCGACAGUGGAAAUAAUGUCGACAUCUAUGCAUUUAUCUUCGACGACAUGUUCCUCAUGACAAAAAUCAAAAAGGAUGCGAAGAAGAAAGUCAGCCCCUUCGAGAGGUUGUCGUCGCAGCAAACUCACACACCCCCUGUGCCAAGACGAAGGGAUGGUAUGAUGUUUCACGUUUUAAAACAACCCAUUCCACUGGACAGACUAGACGUUGUGGAAGUCACUUCAAGACAAGCACAAGCAAGUGGUAUGAAAUUUGCAUUUGUUAUGAUGCACACCAGUCGGUAUCAACAAAUAAUUAAUGUAUACACCGUUAUGACACCAAACGAACACAGUAAGCAAACAUGGAUUAAGGAGCUAAACAAAGCAAGGAAGACACGGUUAGAACAGAUGAGAGAGAGCCACCACGAAGAAAGACGAACUAAAGAUCGCAAGAAAACUCUCUAAAUGUGAAACCAGAACACAAUAUAAUGCUGCAAUGACGAUUCAAUGUGGAUGAGUUUAAGUUGGACUGGAACAAUGAAGACAAAAACGACUAAACCUGUUAUAAAUGUUGUCUAGUUUUAUGUAUAAAUCUGUAAGAGUUUGUGUUUCAAACAUUAUUUGAAGAAUACCCAUCUCAUAAAAUGACAUUCCAAAUUCGUAGAAUUAGACGAAACAUAAUUUCUCUGUGGUUGAAACUUUACUGUUUGUGUUGAGCCGAACAACAAUUAAAUAAAUAGGAAGGUAUAAUCCACACUUUGUUUAUACAGCACUUGUGUGAUGAUGACACUCCAACCCUACCCUUAUCUGAGAAAACUUUAUAAAGUUAUCUCAGACAUUAUACAGCGGAAAAUUCGAGUUUGUAAUAAAAUAUACACUAAUUACAAACUAAUAUGCAAUAAAUCAUUAUACUUAAACAAUAAAACAUUUGUAAAAUCUGAAUAAGUGAUUUGAUCCCCCUCUGAUCUAUAUAAAUCAGCUAUUUAAAAAAAUGAAUAGUAGUCUUUAGAUUUUAACACACACAGACAGUAAUCAUCAGGGAGGUAUAAAAGUAUGUUUAUACCUCCCUGAUAAGCAUAUUUCAUUAAACAUUAGAUGCCAUCCGUUUUGUUUUGUUGAAACAAUAAUACGAAUGUAAGGUUAGGAUGGCUACGGCAAUUUUCAAGAAAGCAGCCUGAAAUUUUGUUCACUAUCCUAUUUUGUUCCCGUUUCUAUUCCUAAAAGUAGUUCACAUCCUGCACGGAAAAUAUAUGUAAUAUAUUAUCUGAUUUACUAAAAUAGUGCAUUACUAAUCGUACUUGUAGAUAGUUAACUAAAAUUAAGUUGGUAUUUCAAAAAUAAUCUACUAAUUCUUCAUUCAGUUGGUGGACCUGGUGAGAUUAUGAUUCAAAAUUCAUUGUCGGUUGCAAUUAACCACUGCAGAAUAAGAUACACAUUACGGUACUCACAGUUCCACAAAAAAAAGAUUAAUUUCAAGAGAACAUACAGCUUGUUAUUUAUAGUUCCAUGAAGAGAAUAACAUCCUGGUCGAAUCAGAGCCAGACAAAAUCUAAACACUUAAUACACCAAUAUAUUACUACGCGGACAUAAAUUGACAACCGGAGCAGGACUCUGAAAUCUCAAUUUUCUGGUUUAUUCUGCAGAUUUUAUUUAUCUUUGUUUUUUAAAGUUCAGUGUUUGUCUCUUCUGAUUAGUUGGUUUUAACUAAAUACAGUGUGUGUUAUUUUGUAUAUAUAUACGUGCCGCUGGUUUAAGACUUACGGAAGUUACUGAAGACAACAUGUCAUCGCAACAAUGCAAAUCUAAAGUUCGGCCUUACAUGUUGAUGAAAUACUCUUGACAUUGUAAUUUAUACAAAUUUGAACUUGAAAGAGAUAGACCCCUAAUAGUGGUUUACUUAGAACAGCAAAUUACCUAAUUAUAUUAUUUAUCUAUUUAUCUUUACAUUAUUCAUAAUUGAACAAUAUUUAAAUGACAAACAAAACAGCCAAUAAUAUGUUGAAUUAAAUGGUAAAAGAAAUGGUAUACUGGAAAAUAUGUGACAUUAAUACAAUUAAUUUAAAUUGAGAAAUAAUGUACAUUUGUAAAAUAUAUCUUUAUUGUUAAAGUAAAAUGACAAAUCGGUGUUACUAAUACCAUAAUAUGGAAAAUGAAAAUCGCUGGACGAUAUUCUAUUUUUAUUUUUAUAUAUAUUUACAAAAAAUGUUAAUUACAAUCAAAUCUAAGUACAAAGAAGAUAACCAUAUAAUGCGUAUAAUUGACAGUAGGUCUACAUUUUUUAAACAGAUCAAUAUUCAAGUUUAUACUUGCCAUUUUGUGAGCCAUAAAACAAGUUGCAGUUAGUUAUACACUAUUGUCUAACUUUAUAUUGUUGGUUGCUGCAUAUAAUUUGGAAAAUUUGCUACACUUUACCCACGGAGUAUCCUUACUUACUUGUUUGUAAUGAAAUGAAAUCUAUUAAAAUACAAAUAUAUGAAAGCUUA